AUGCAGUACACCAAGAUCCUGGCUCUGGCCACCCUCUUCGUAUCCAGUGCCCUCGCCGCCCCGGUAGUGGAAGCUCGCGCGUGUGCCGCGACUUGCGGUAAAGUCUGCUACACUAGCAGUGCCAUCAGCGCCGCCCAGGACGCGGGCUACGAGCUCGAAUCCGCGAAUGAUGAUGUCAACAACUACCCCCACGAGUACCACAACUACGAGGGUUUCGACUUCCCCGUUUCAGGAACAUACUACGAAUUCCCCAUUCUCAGCAGUGGCAAGGUGUAUACCGGUAGCUCUCCUGGUGCGGACCGUGUUAUUUUCAACGGUGACAACGAGCUAGCUGGCGUUAUCACUCACACUGGUGCCAGCGGUAACAACUUUGUGGCAUGUACCUAG